AUGAUCGCAGGCAUAUGCUCCGGGAUAAAGACCGAGAAGGAAUUGGAUGAGUACUUCCAUUACAUGACUGAGCAAAUGAAGGGCAUUCUGCCCAUGGUGGACAUGAUGAUCGCGAACGAGGCGCACGCGGGCAUGAAGGCCAAACUGAAAGUGGCCAAAAAGCAUAUCGAGGAAUUGAUCAAGCGCAAAGACGCCCUCCGCAAACAGUGCAAAGAUCAUAAAAAAUCAGUGGCCGAGUGCUGCAAACUGGCCGAAAAUAUGCGCACCGAGAUGCAAACUGCCAUAGCCAAAGAGAUCAACGCGAUGAAACAUUGA